AAAAAUGAAAACACAAGAAAAAAUAUCAUCUGAAUUUAAUGAAUUUAAUGAAGCAAAUUACGGAUCGUAUCCCAGUUCAGCACUUAUAUAUUUUCGAAGAAUUUUUUUAAACGAGACUUCUAAUGAUGAGGACAAAAUAUUUCAAAAUUGGCUACUUAAUGAAAAGUUUACGAUAUCCAUGAAAAACGAUGCUUUAUAUGAAAAAUAUAUUUCCAUGUACAAGUUCUUAUUUACUUACAUUAGUCAAUCUGAUUCCAAUACUAUUUUUAGCAAUCUAUUUAAAGCAAUUCAAAGGUCUGUCUUAAACAUCGAAGUAAGUACAAUAUUAUAAUAUUAAGCUUCGUAAAAACAAUUUGAAAAAUGUUUAA